UCUCUGCCUGCCCCGCAACCACUCCCCAUUUUCCCCACCUCCAAGCUCGACACCCAGCCCCAGUCCCUGUCAAUGGCGCCCAAGGCCGAGAAGAAGCCGGCGGAGAAGAAGCCCGCCGCCGAGGUGGAGAAGGCGGAGAAGACCCCCGCCGGGAAGAAGCCCAAGGCCGAGAAGCGGCUCCCGGCGUCCAAGUCGGCCUCCAAGGAGGGCGGCGACAAGAAGGCGCGCAAGAAGAACAAGAAGUCGGUGGAGACCUACAAGAUCUACAUCUUCAAGGUGCUCAAGCAGGUGCACCCGGACAUCGGCAUCUCCUCCAAGGCCAUGUCCAUCAUGAACUCCUUCAUCAACGACAUCUUUGAAAAGCUGGCCGGCGAGGCGGCCAAGCUCGCCCGCUACAACAAGAAGCCCACCAUCACCUCCAGGGAGAUCCAGACCUCUGUCCGCCUCGUCCUCCCCGGGGAGCUCGCCAAGCACGCCGUCUCCGAGGGCACCAAGGCCGUCACCAAGUUCACCAGCAACUAAUCCUCGAAGAUGUAGUAGUAGUCUCUGCUAGGCUCUUUCCACUGUCGUCGUCCUGUUGUUCUGUAACCUGUAGUUUGUGUUGCCCGUCCGUUGUUUUCCAUUCAUGUGCAUCGAUAUUUAGGUAGGUAGCUCGCCUGCUUUGUAAAUCGUGCAACCCUGUAAUGGACGGCUUUGAUUUCUUCAAGUAAUGGAUGUGGAGUUGUACUCAA